GAGCAGGGAGGGAGGGGGCAGAUGGCGGGGCGUCCCCUCUCCUAUAUAGAAGCACCGGCGGCGCAGAGUCGGCAGAGUCGGUGUGUGGAGCAGGUUCCAGGACCGGUUCUUCCAGUGAGUGCACACGUGUGGCAGUCUCAUUCAGGAACCCAGCUGGCAGAACAGAACCAGAACAGAAUGCUGAGGAUGUCUGAGAACGGGGCACAGGAGCGGAUCCUGAACCUGGCGUCCAUGAACCCCGCCAUCAAGAGGGUGGAGUACGCCGUGCGGGGCCCCAUCGUCACCAGGGCCGUGGAGCUGGAGAAGGAGCUGCAGCAGGGUGUGAAGAAGCCGUUUACCGAAGUCAUUAAAGCAAACAUUGGAGACGCUCACGCUAUGGGCCAGAAGCCGCUCACUUACCUUAGACAGGUCACCGCCCUCUGUUUGUACCCAGAGCUCCUGAAUGACAAUAAGUUCCCGGAGGACGUGAAGCAGAAGGCGGCGCGGAUCCUGCAGGCGUGUGGGGGGAACAGCAUUGGCUCCUACACCGCCAGUGCAGGUAUAGAGGUCAUCCGCCAGGACGUGGCCAAGUACAUAGAGAGGAGAGAUGGCGGCAUCGCUUGCAACCCCAACAAUAUUUUCCUGUCCACCGGUGCCAGCGACUCCAUCAUGACGAUGCUGAAGCUGCUGGUGUCGGGUCAGGGCAACUCUAGGACCGGUGUCCUCAUCCCCAUCCCCCAGUACCCCCUGUACUCCGCAGCACUGGCAGAGCUGGAAGCUGUGCAGGUGAACUACUACCUGGAUGAGGAGAACUGCUGGGCGCUGGACAUCAAGGAGCUGCGAAGAGCGCUGGCCGAGGCGAGGAGGCACUGUGACCCCAAGGUCCUGUGCAUAAUCAACCCGGGCAACCCUACAGGUCAGGUGCAGAGCAGGAAAUGCAUUGAGGACGUGAUUCGCUUUGCUGCUGAAGAAAAACUUUUUCUCAUGGCUGAUGAGGUCUAUCAGGACAAUGUUUAUGCCCAGGGCUGCUCCUUCCACUCCUUCAAGAAGGUUCUCUUUGAGAUGGGCCCCAAGUUCUCUGAUGUGGUGGAGUUGGUGUCCUUUCACUCCACCUCCAAGGGGUUCAUGGGCGAGUGUGGUUUCAGGGGCGGCUACAUGGAAGUGGUCAACAUGGACCCAGCAGUGAAGGAGCAGUUGACAAAGUUGGUGUCUGUGCGCCUGUGCCCCCCUGUUCCUGGGCAGGCUUUGCUAGAUGUGAUUAUGAACCCCCCUCAACCUGAAGAGCCGUCCUACAAGCAGUAUAUGGCGGAGAAACAAGCUGUGCUUGGUAAUCUGGCAGAGAAGGCACGGCUGACGGAAGAGAUCCUGAAUCAAGCCCCUGGGAUCCAGUGUAAUCCUGUCCAGGGAGCCAUGUACUCCUUCCCAAGAAUUGAGAUCCCAGAGCGAGCUGUCAAACUGGCCCAGGCUGAAGGUCAGGCCCCGGACAUGUUCUUCUGUAUGAAGCUGCUGGAAGAGACUGGAAUUUGUGUUGUACCAGGAAGCGGGUUUGGCCAACGAGAGGGGACCCACCACUUCAGGAUGACCAUUCUCCCACCGACAGAUAAGCUGAGGAUCCUCCUGAAGCGGCUGAAUGAUUUCCACCAGAAGUUCAUGCAGGAAUACUCGUAGGCGAGGUCUGGGGCCUCCUCCUCCCAGGAGCCGCUGGGUAGACAGUGGGGGGCCUGUAGUUGGGGUCUUAAUUUUUGGUAGUUCCCAUUCUUGCACCUUAUUCCUCUGUCCCCGUCCCUGUGAGCGCCCGGCGGCCUGCACCUUCCCCACCACCUGAUCCCGAUUCUGUUUCUCUCCCCAGAAUUUCUGCAUGUUUUGGGAUUUAAGGCCAUUUUAGAGCAUGUUCUGGUAGUCGCAGACGCCUGGCUGAUUGUACCGUACAAUAUCCUGCAGGUAAUGCCCUGAUUUACGGUAUAAUCAGAGGCGUGAGACAGGCACGUCUCGCUGUUCACCUUAAGUCACAUGGUGCCUAUGAACUGUGUGAUGGGAUCACUCGGGGGUGCCCCCCAAUAUCUGCCGCCUAGCGUCAUACCCGCAGAGCCUUGACUGGAUAAUAGCCCCCCUGAUGAUGCUGCUAUGCAAAAUGUCUGAACCUGAUUGUCCUCCCCCGGCCAGUGGAGGUGUCAUGUACCAGGUCCCUCCUGGUGCGGUGGGUUAAGCGCCAAACCCAGAUGUGCCAAUUAUCGCCCCCUGCUGGCGGGCAGUUUGUAUACAAUGAACACGGCCAGUGAUUUGCUGCUGACAAGGGCUAAUAAUGUGCGAUGUCUGAACUGUGAUCAAUAAAGAGAAAACUGUGACUGUC